AUGGCUGAAGCUAUUGAGAAAUCAAGUUUCAUUCUUAUUUGUAUGUCAAGUGAUUAUAAGAAAAGUACUAAUUGUCAAGCAGAGGCUGAAUAUGCAUUUAAUCGCAAGAAAACAAUUAUUCCUCUCAUCGUUGAAUCAAAAUAUAAAGCAGAUGGAUGGCUUGGCUUUAUUGUUGGUAAUAAAAUCUAUAUUAACUUUGCUAAUAAAGCGCAUAAUGAAUUUGAGAUGGCCUAUAAAAUGCUUCUUGUUGAAUUGCAACGCAAUGGUCUUCAUUUGUUGCGGCCGUCAACUAUUUCCAGUUGCUCAAGUAGAGAAUCGCCCAAAAGAAUAUACGAACAACCAACACCAUUAAUAUUUCAGUCAACACUGAAGACUCAACCAAUGCAAAGUGUAUAUACACCAAUCCCUUCAGUACCUCUACCAAAAUAUCGUCACAUUGCACGAAUCAAUAAAUGGGAUGCAAGAAAUGUUGUCGAAUUUCUCGUUGACAAUAAUUUGAAGAACUUAAUGCCAAUAUUGAAAAAUAUUGAUGGCCAAGGUCUAAUUGAACUUUAUCGAGUCUAUGAACGUUCGCCAAAUAAUCUUUACAAAAUGUUCAGUAAAGAUAGUCAAAUGGUUUCUCUUGGAACUUUUUUCAAAUUCAUCGGAGUCUUGAAAAAAUUUAUUAAUAUUUCUGAACAAAGUCUUGACUCUUAG